AUGGAGUUUCGAUCCCUGCCUAAAACCAAAUAUGUGAAGAUCAGAUUUAUUUUAACUUUUGCCUUGGCCACUGCUGUAUUGUACACCAUUGUAUCUGACAUAAGUUUCUUACCUAUAUUCUCACGUGCUGACAUACGUAUAAAUGCAAGCUACAGGAACAAGAGCUAUCACACCUUUCGAAUAUGGACGGAAUCAGACAAAAACAACCGAACAAAGUGGCGUUACACCGCCUCAAAGAACUUCACGAAAACACUCUACAGUGAACAAGAGCUCAGCAAAUUUCCAUUCCUGGCUGAAAAAGUCAUUAACCCACAUAACUAUAAACACGUCAUCUCUCCAAGUGUUACAUGUAAAGACCAGCAAGAAAUAGAGAUAAUCAUCUGUGUUUCCACUCGCUUCGACAACUUUGCAAGUCGUCAGACGAUUCGAGAGACCUGGGGCAGUUACGCUAACGUCAGCUCCCAUAAUUCGAUUCUAAUUUUCUUCAUUGGUCAACGAAACAAUAGCGCGCCUAAUGCGAGUUUAACCCAGAAAUCAUUUCUUUAUGAAUCUGUUAUGUACGGAGAUAUAUUGCAGGAGGAUUAUUUGGACUGUUAUAACAACCUCACUCUCAAAUCCGUGUCUAUUCUCAAGUAUGUUUCUAUUCACUGUUUUAAGAGGGCAAAAUAUAUUCUCAAAGCGGACGAUGAUAUGUAUAUUAAUGUCCCGUAUUUAGUUACUAGUUUGAAACAACUUCAAGCUAAAAAACCUAACCUCGACGCUUUUGUGAUGGGAAUAAAACACACAAAACCUAACCCAAACAGAUCUACCGAUUCAAAGUGGUACAUAUCUAUUUCUGAAUUUCCUGAGGACAAUUAUCCGGAUUAUGUAUCAGGUGGGGCCUACGUCAUGUCUACACAGGCGGCAUGGCUGUUGUACCAGGCGUCCCUCAGGUUGCCGUUGUUCCGGUGGGAAGAUGUGUACAUCACGGGGAUGUGUUCCAAGAAAGCUGGCGUUGAGGUCUUAGACAGCGAACUGUUUUCUUACAGCAAGUAUUCUGUGUCCGGAUGUUCGUUUAGAGAGCGGAUCUCAGGGCAUCCAUACAGUCCGGAUGAGUUACGACAAAUACACAGCGAACUGAACAAUCGUACGCUUGUUUGUACUUAA